AUGGCGCUCAAGCACCUACUGAACGACGAGGAAGCCGGCGACGACUACCAAAACAACUACCGGCCGAAUGUGCAGUCCAGAAAAGACGAUGAUUCAAAUCAGUUUAUAGCGGCUUUACCAGCUCAGUCUUGGGACCGAUACCUGGACGAACUCCUUGGCUCACAAAUCGCUCGAUGUGACCUCGCUCUUGAUGGAGAUCAGAUUGAGUUGUACAGCUCGUUCCAGGAAACCAGCGCCGAUAUUGAGGAAUGGACGACCGGAGAUGCGUCUCAUCGACUUCUCGACCAACCUCCACCCGAGGAAGCGUACGUAUGUUACGGCAUGGUUUUCAGAGCUGCCGUACGGCUUUGCGGUAACAUGAUAGAGCUCAACAAGAAGCUCAAUAUGAUUGCGCUAUCACCUCUUCACGGACAUGCUCAGAUGGUGAUCAUCAAGCCCGAAGCUCAAUUUCUGGUCGCUUUCUCAGACGGAGCAGUUGUGGGAGAGGUGAAUGCGCAGCUGGAUAAAGCACUGACUAGCAUUGCGGAACAAGGUUAUGAGCUUGACCUCGAAGUUUUUGCCCCGACAAGAGCUAUUCAAGACAUUAUAGGUCGGGCUAGAAGAGAGAAAGAAGCUGUAAUUCGGGUUCAAGUGAACGUGUAUGGCCCACCAGCAGCGGCUAACGAGAUUGGAAGAGAGCUCUCUCAACACAAGCUUUACCUCCAGCGUCCUGCGUACGUCAAAGACGGCGUUAGAUAUAGCAACCCUCAUAUGCUUACGCUCCCUGAGUUUGAGAACUCAAUGACGGUGAUACGACCAUUACUAGAAGAGCCUGUACCUGAGAAGCCUAGCCUGCAGACGUUCAAAAACACGAUUCAAGACGUAUAUUCAUCACUAACGCGCGAUCGUGAUCUGAGUGGGCUGGAAGGUGACGAGCGCCUUGAUACCACACUCCUAUUGCACCAGAAGACAGCUCUUGCCUUUAUGAUGCAGCGCGAAGAUGGUCCGAUACCAGAGAAAUAUGCGCUGUGGAAAGCCAUUGAAGAGGAAGGGCUACAAUGUUACCGGCAUGCAAUCUCAAACGCGCGCUGCAUGUUCAAGCCCGAGGAAACAGGCGGCGGUAUCCUCGCAGAUGAGAUGGGAAUGGGCAAGACCCUCUCUAUAUUAGCCCUCAUUAUACGAACGCUGCAUUCUGCACAUGAUUGGGCUACUCAGAAUGAGACUUCAGAGGGUGAGAUGUCGCAGACACCAAGAUGCAAUCGCCGUUCCAGAGCAACCUUGAUCGUUGCGUCAUCGGACCUCAUGAUCAACGAGUGGUUUCAAGAGCUAGACAAGUGA